AUGACACAGGUCAAAAAUAUCCAAGCCUCCGUUGCCAAUGGCACCAAUGGCCAAGCCGGACACAUGGACCAUGGCCGUUCGAAUGGGUCCUAUCCCAGCAACGGGUCGAAUCAUACAAACGGCACAAACGGACAUGGCCUCUUGGGCGCCGCCGCAACGAGGAGCGACGGUCAUGGUCCCAGGGCGGACCCAAGUGUCCAGACACCAGUAGCAAUUGUAAGCAUGGCAUGCCGUCUACCGGAUCAAUGCCACAACCCCCAGCAGUUCUGGCAGUUCCUGCUCGAUGGCAAGAUCGCUAUCAAUACCCCCCCAGGCACCAGAUAUGACCUCGCAACACACUACGACGGUUCUCUCAAGUCACAGACCAUGGCGUCACCCGGCGGCAUGUUCCUUCAAGGCGUCGACCCGGCCGACAUUGACGCCAAGUUUUUCCACCUCUCGGGGGUCGAGGCCACUUCCAUGGACCCCCAACAGCGACAGCUUCUAGAGGUUGUCUACGAGGGUCUGGAGAACGCCGGAGUGACCAUGGAGCAGCUCGAUGGCGCCCGAGUCGGGUGCUUCGUGAGCUCCUUUGCCAGCGACUAUGGCGACAUGCAAGCUCGCGAUCCCGAGAAUCGCGCGUCGGCCACGGUUGUGGGCGUGGGCAGAACCAUGCUCAGCAACCGCAUCAGCCAUUCCUUCAACCUGAAGGGCCCCAGCAUGACCAUCGACACAGCCUGCUCGGGCACCCUGAUCGGUCUUGACCUGGCCAUGAAAUACCUGCACACGGGCGAGAUUGAGUCGGCCGUGGUCGCCGGUGCCAAUCUGUACUGCAGCCCGGAGCACGUCAUGGACCACUACAUGGGAGCCAACGGCGCGGCCUCUCUAUCGGGCAAGUGCCACACGUUCGACGCCAAGGCCGACGGCUACAUCAAGGCCGAGGCCGUCAACAUGAUCUACGUGAAGCGCCUCGCCGACGCCAUCCGGGACAAGGACCCGAUCCGGGCCGUGGUGCGGGGCACGGCGACCAAUAGCGACGGCUGGACGGCCGGCAUUGCGAGCCCGAACCCCGUGGCGCAGUCGGCCGCCAUUCGCCAGGCGUACCGCAACGCCGGCAUCCGCGACCUCGCGCAGACGAGCUACGUCGAGUUCCACGGCACGGGCACGCGCGCCGGCGACUCCAUCGAGGCCAGCGGCAUCGCCAGCGUCUUCACCGAGUUCCAGUCUCCGGAGCGGCCCUUGCGCAUCGGGUCUGUCAAGAGUAACAUCGGCCACUCGGAACCUGCUGCCGGCCUCUCGGGGCUCAUCAAGACGGUCCUGAGUCUGGAGCACGACGUGAUUCCCGGCAACCCGACCUUUGUCGACCCAAGCCCCAAGAUUGACUUUGAGAAGCUGCGUAUCUGGACCUCUCGGACCGCCACCCCUUGGCCCGCCGUGUCCCUGCGGCGAGCGAGCAUCAACUCCUUUGGUUACGGUGGUUCCAAUGCCCACGCUAUUGUCGACGAGGCCAAGGGCUUCCCGCGCCAUCAUGUCUCAUCGUAUCACGACCAGAGCCGUCUUGCCGUCGCCGAGGAGGAGCAGCUUGACCAGAGGCAGCGCAUCAUGGUGCUCUCCGCCAACAGCGACAAGUCGUUGCAGGGCCAGUUCUCCGCGCUGGACAAGCACCUCUCGGAUCCCAGCGUGUGCGUCCAGCAACGGGAUCUGGCGUAUACCCUCGGCGAGCGCAGGUCUCGCCACUACCACCGUGGCUUUGUCCUGGCGUCCGACCACUAUCUCGACGCAGAGGCCUUUGAGACAGACCAUGUGCGUGACGAGCCACUCUCUGUUGCCUUCGUAUUCUCCGGCCAGGGCGCCCAGUGGCCCGAGAUGGGCCGAGAGCUGCUGGCAAAUUUCCCCGUCGCAGCCAAGACGGUCAAGCAACUCGACGACGUCUUGCAAAAGUCGUACGGGGCCCCAGCCUGGACGCUCUAUGACGAGCUCACCGGCCCUCGCUCCCCGGACCACAUGAGGCUCCCCGAAAUCUCCCAGCCUCUCGUCACAGCCCUGCAGCUGGCCAUUCUUUCCAUUUUCGACGCCGCCGGUGUGUCCUGUCGCGCCGUCGCUGGCCACUCCUCGGGCGAGAUUGCCGCGGCCGUGGCCGCCGGCUUGUUGACCCCCGAGCAGGCCAUCAAAAUUGCCUUUUACCGUGGAAAGGCCACGUCCGCGGUCGAGCACGCCGCCCCCGUCGGGAUGAUGGCUGUCGGCCUGGGACCCGACACCGCCCAAAAGUACUUGGAUGGCUCCUCGGCCCAAAUUGCUUGCUUUAACAGCCCCCAGAGCAUCACCGUGUCGGGUCUCAGGUCGGAGCUGGAGCAGCUGGGGCAAAGGAUCAAAGACGACGGACACUUUGCUCGCCUUCUGCAGGUGGAUUCUGCCUAUCACUCUCGCCAUAUGAAUGCCGCUUCCGAUGCGUACAUGGAGCUGUUGGAGAGACACGUCGAGUGGGAGACUCGAUCGGCCCCCACGGGCACGGUUAUGUUCUCGUCCACCAUAAACAAGCGCCUCGGGGAGUCGCCUGGGGCCGACUAUUGGGUCAAGAAUAUGCUCUCCCCCGUUCUUUUCAGCCAAGCCGUUACAAGCAUGGUCCAGGCGGAGAGCGAGGGCAUCAACUACCUCAUCGAGAUUGGCCCCAGCAAUGCCCUCUCGGGUCCCGUCAACCAGGUUCAAAAGGCGGCGGGAACGUCUCUUGAUUACACGUCGGCGUGGAAGAGAGGCGUCGGGGCCAUGCAGACGCUGCUCGAAUGCGCCGGCAAGCUCUUCAACGCCGGUUCGGGCAUCAGCUUGGCGCCGUUCAACGACGAUGGCCUGCCGGACCCUCCCACAUUUGUGUCGGACCUGCCCAACUACCAGUGGGAUCACUCGACAAAGUACUGGCACGAGAGCGAGUCCAGCUCCGACUGGAGAUUCCGCAAGUUUGUGCACCACGACUUGCUGGGCAGCAAGAUCCUUGGGACCCCAUGGACGCGGCCCAUCUGGAAGAACAACCUCCGCGUGAGCGACGUGACUUGGCUCAAGGACCAUACGCUGGGCGACAGCAUCAUCUUCCCCGCCGCCGGCUACAUCGCCAUGGCCAUCGAAGCCAUGUAUCAGAAAAGCAAGGUGCUGGGGGCCAUUCCCGACGAUGCCGCCGUCGUGGACCAGACGUAUAAGCUGCGCAACGUCGCGUUCCCCCAUAUGUUGACGCUCAACGAACAUGCCGGUACCAAGCUGGUGCUCUCGCUGGAGCCGUGCUCCAGCACCAAGGAGACCUGGCACGAGUUCACCAUAUCGUCCAUUCCCAAGGACGGCAACGGCGCUCUGGAGGAGCACUGCAAGGGCUUGGUGUCCAUCGGAGAACAUGCCCGCCACGUUGCGACGGCUGACGAUGUCGGCCCCUUGAAAUUUGGCGUUCCAGGAUCCGUGUGGUAUAAAGCUAUGAGAGACGUUGGAUACUUCUUCGGCCCGGCCUUUCAACCCUGCCAGUCUAUCGAGGCCAAGGCUGAUGCGCGAAACUGCCGAGCCAUUAUCAAGCUGGACACGCCGCCAUCGCGCUAUCCCCAGAGCAAAUACGCCAUGCAUCCCACAGCCAUCGAUGGCUGCCUCCAGAUUGCCACGGUUGCUCUCAACCGCGGCCAUCGCUCGGCCUUGGACACAAUGAUGCCGCCUCGUCUCAUUGACAACCUUGUCAUCUUCCAACAGCCCGACCACGUUGAACGGGGCAUCGUAGCCUCAGAGGCCAUGUGGAGUGGCGUUGGCCGCCCCGACGAUAACAAGAGGUUCUACAGCGACAUUCGCACCUAUGCCGAGGGCUCGAACCAAACUCUCUUCCACCUGCAGGGGCUCAGAUAUCACUCCAUCAGUGCGAGCGCGGACGCGCCUCACGUCUUCACUCAAGUUCAAUGGGCACAGGAUGCCAGUUUCCUCACGCCGGAACAGCUCUCGGCUGUCAUGUCUGCAGCCGCCACCUCCAACACGGCGCCGAUGGCCGCCGUCGCCAAGGCCGUUUCCAUCAUGGCUCAUGGGAAGCCGACGAGCAAGAUACUUGAAGUCCUCUACGAGGAGGGACAACAGGACACUGCGCGUAGUCUGUGGCUAGAUGGCCUCCGCCAGCUCUCCGGUCCCAUAGCUGAGGGCUGCGCAUAUACUUUAUCGGCACCAGCUCACAAGGCAUCUCUUGAGCUCAGAGAGAAGUACACUUCUGAAACAAAUGUGACUCACGUGGUCCAUGAGGCAGACUGCCUUACUGCUUCUGUUGCCGAUGACGAGAAGUUUGACAUUGUGAUACUGAGAGCCUCCACCAUCACCACUGCUCUCGUCAAAGCCCUCGAAGGGGCACGACAAGCGGUAGCCGAUGGUGGAUACCUGCUCGUCCUCAACGACGAUGCCGUGGGUACAAAAGUUGACCGGAUUAAGGAGGUGGAUGUCGCUGUUCCUGGGUACAACACUGUCAAGCUCUCUGGAGACGGCCCUUCACACGUCAUGUUCUUUGGCAUCGCCAGCAACAGUGCUUCUCAGGCCGAAGACUCGGCUGACAAGGUUGUCAACCUGGUGCACUUCAAAACCAGCAAUGGUUCUACUGAUGCUGCCCGGGAUGCCCUGGCCAAGCAAGGGUGGCAGAUUGUUGAGCAAAGUCUCUCCCUGGACGGAAUCGUGGACAAGAGCACCGUUCUUGUCUUGGAUGAAAUGUUUUCUCCCGUCUUGACUGACUUGCUGGAUGAGCAGUUUGAACUGCUGCGGGGAUUGCUUGAGCGCGAGUGCAAGAUCCUUUGGGUCACCAAGGGAUCGCAAAUGGAAGUCAGCACUCCGGAGCUCAGUCUCAUGUUUGGUGCUUCUCGGUCACUCAAGGCCGAGUAUCCCCGCAAUGUAUUUGUGUGUCUCGAUGUCGAAUCCAACGACAGCCAUGCCAGUUUUGGCGCCAUAGACAGAGCCCUGAAACACUUGCGCAAGCUCUCCGAGGUGUCCAAGGUGGACAGCGAGUUUGUGGAGCGCAAGGGCGUCUUCUACACCAGUCGUGUUGUCUCUGAUGAGGCCGUGAACAAACUCGAGCAUGACAGUCAGCACGGCGCCGACAAGGUCAAGGACAUCAUCGGCGGCCAUCAAUCUACCAUCAGACUCAUUAGUGACAGGACCGGCACCCUGGAUACGCUCACGUACACUGAGAUCCCAGACAUGCCCCCCCUGAAAGAUGACGAGGUCGAGAUUGAGGUGCGCGCCGCCGGCAUGAACUUCAAGGACUUGGCCAAUGCCAUGGGCUUUGUCCCCGCCAACGAGCGUCUGUUUGGGCUUGAAUGCACCGGUGUUGUCACUGAAAUCGGACGAGACGUCACCACCGUCAAGCCCGGCGACAGAGUGCUCAUGGUCCGCCGUGACGGUGGCUGCUUUGGCAACAAGGUCCGCAACCGCUGGCACGCCGUCUAUCUCCUGCAGGACUGGAUCUCCUUUGAACAGGGCACCACUUUUGGCAUCGCCGUGCACACGGCCGUCUACGGCCUCGUGACCAUGGCCAACAUCCAGAAGGGGCACUCGGUGUUGAUCCAUUCGGCGUCGGGCGGCGUCGGGCUGGCGGCCAUCGAUCUCUGCAAGUACAUCGGCGCCGAGAUCUACGUGACGGUGGGCACAGAGGCCAAGCGCGAUUUCCUUUCGGAAAACUACGGUAUUCCCAGGGACCGCAUGUUUUCCUCCCGCUCCGUCUCGUUCGGCCCAGAGCUGAUGAGGGCCACGGGUGGCCGCGGCGUGGACUUUUGCCUCAACUCGCUGACCGGGGAUCUGCUGCAUGAGUCGUGGAGGUGCAUUGCAGAGAAUGGUAGCCUCAUCGAGAUUGGGAAGAAGGAUAUGCUCGACCGCAACAACCUGUCCAUGGAGCCGUUUGACCGCAACUGCUCGUACCGACCGCUAGAUCUUUCGCGUCCCAGCAUCACCGACGAAACGACGCGCAAGACGGGCGAGUACAUCAUGGACUUGAUUGCGCACAAGCACAUCAAGCCGCUCCACGUAUGCAAAGUCUUCCCAUUCGAGCAAACUGUCGAGGCUUUCCGCUACAUGCAGCGCGGCAAGCAGAUUGGCAAGGUGGUCAUCUCGUACGACAAGGCCAGAACCACACCGAUUGAAUACCGGCCAGCAGCGCCACGGCUUCGCCUCCGCGCCGACGGGUCGUACCUCAUCGCCGGCGGCUUCAAGGGCUUGUGCGGCAGCCUGGCCGUCUAUCUGGCCCGGAGCGGCGCCAAGAACAUUGUCGCCAUCUCACGCAGCGGCUACGAAGAUGAAAAAUCGCAGAAGACGGUCUACGACUGCAACUCGCUGGGCUGCAGCGUGGACCUCGUCACGGGCGACAUUACCAGCCUCGACGACGUCCGACGAGCGUUCGCCUCGGCGUCCAAGCCCGUCGUCGGUGUGAUCCAGGGCGCCAUGGUGCUGCGGGAUCGCAUGUUCACCACCAUGACGCCGGGCGAGUUCCGCGAGCCCAUCUCUCCCAAGGUCGACGGAACAUGGAACCUGCACAGGGCAUCGUUGGAGCAGCCGACGCCCCUCGACUUCUUCACCAUGCUGUCCAGUGUGAGCGGCCUGUUGGGCCAGCUAGGACAGUCCAACUACGCCGCUGGAAAUUGCUUCCUCGACUCGUUCGCGGCAUACCGCAUCCAGCAGGGCCUUCCUGCCAACGCCAUCAACCUCGGCCCCGUCGAAGAGGUGGGAUACCUCAAGGACAAGGACAUGCUCGGCCGCAUCUUCGAGUCACGCGGGUGGAAGCCCAUCAACGAAGCUCUGCUGCACCGCAUCAUCCGAUCCAGCAUCCUCCUGCAGACUGGCAAGGUCAACCCGCAGCAGGCCGGGCAGCUCAUCACGGCAAUUACCCCCGGCAACCCUCCGUUCGAAGCUGUCCACCGCUUCAGCUCGCUGCGGGCGGCCGCGGGCACCUCGUCGGGCUCGAGCGGCACAGCAUCGUCGGCGUCUAGCAAGCUGGCCAUCCUCAAGGGCGCCAGCAAGGGAGGGGUUGCGCAGGAGACCCUGUUGGCUGCUGCCACGGAGCUCUUGAACACGGUGCUGAUGCGUAGCUUGGGCAUUGACGAGUCUAUCGAUCCUAUGCGUUUGCUGGCCAACUACGGUGUUGACUCGCUAGUUGCAGUCGAGUUGCGGAACUGGCUGCGUGCCGAACUUAAUGUCGAAAUCAGCGCUCUGGAGAUUGUGGGAUCGCGAACGCUUACAACGCUGAGCGAGUCUAUAUUGAAGAAGCUCGCGCACUGA